CCGGCAUGGCGGCCGGCGGCUUCGGCCGGUCUCGCGGGAGGGCGCGGGCGCCCGGCUGCCCGUACUCGGCAUGGCGGCCAAGGGGGCCCGGCAGCGGCCGCGGGCAGGCGGCGGCGGCGAGGCGGCGCGGCCGCGGGCGGAGGCGGCGGGCGCGGAGGAGGCCCGGGCGGAACCAUCUGGGAACAAAGCAGGACAAGUCUGGGCCCCUGAAGGAUCUACAGCUUUCAAGUGUCUCAUCUCAGCCAGGUUCUGUGCUGCUCUCUUGAGCAACAUCUCAGAUUGCGAUGAGACGUAUAAUUACUGGGAACCGACACACUACCUCGUUUAUGGGAAGGGGUUCCAGACAUGGGAAUACUCUCCAGCCUAUGCCAUCCGCUCCUAUGCUUACUUAUGGCUUCAUGCUUUACCAGCCUUGUUCCAUGCUAGAGUUCUACAAACUAAUAAGGUUCUUAUCUUCUAUUUCCUCCGAUGCCUCCUGGCCUUCCUGAGCUGCAUUUGUGAACUCUACUUCUAUAAGGCUGUGUGCAAGAAAUUUGGGCUACAUGUGAGUCGGCUGAUGUUGGCCUUCCUAGUCCUCAGCACUGGGAUGUUUUGCUCGUCUGCAGCUUUCCUCCCAAGCAGUUUCUGCAUGUACACCACAAUGAUUGCCAUGACUGGCUGGUACAUGGAUAAGACCUCUGUAGCUGUGUUGGGGGUGGCCGCUGGAGCCCUUGUGGGCUGGCCCUUCAGUGCAGCUCUUGGGCUUCCGAUUGCCUUUGACUUGUUAAUCAUGAAGCGGAGGUGGAAAAGCUUCCUAAACUGGUGUGCGGUGUCAUUGAUCAUGUUUCUGGUGCCCUUGGUAAUUGUGGACAGCUAUUACUAUGGGAAGCUGGUAGUUGCACCUCUCAACAUUGUCUUAUACAAUGUCUUCACUUCUCAUGGACCUGAUCUCUAUGGUACUGAACCGUGGUCCUUCUAUUUCAUCAAUGGUUUUUUGAAUUUCAACGUGGCAUUUAUUUUGGCUCUGCUUGUCCUGCCACUGACUUGCCUCAUGGAGUGUCUGCUCCAGAAAUUUCAUGUUCAGAAUCUAGGCCGUCCUUACUGGCUGACACUAGCUCCUAUGUACAUUUGGAUCAUGAUUUUCUUCAGUCAGCCCCACAAAGAGGAGAGGUUUCUCUUUCCCAUCUAUCCUCUCAUCUGUCUUUGUGGUGCUGUGGCGCUCUCUGCUCUCCAGAAGUGUUACCACUUCAUAUUCCAGCGCUACCGCCUGGAACACUACACAGUCUCCUCCAACUGGUUGGCUCUGGGGACUGUCUUUCUCUUUGGCCUCUUGUCGUUGUCACGCUCUGUUGCCUUAUUCAGAGGCUACCACGGGCCUCUGGACUUAUACCCGGAAUUUCACAGGAUUGCCACUGACCCAACAAUUCACACUGUGCCAGAGGGGAGGCCAGUUAAUGUCUGUGUGGGAAAGGAGUGGUACAGAUUUCCAAGCAGCUUUCUCCUGCCAGAUAAUUGGCAGCUCCAGUUCAUCCUGUCAGAAUUCAGGGGCCAGUUACCGAAACAAUUUGCCAAGGGACCAAUGGGAACACGGAUCAUUCCCCCUGACAUGAACGACCGAAACAGGGAAGAGCCAUCUCGAUAUAUUGACAUUUCCAAAUGCCAUUAUCUGGUGGACUUGGAUACAGCAGCUGAAACCCCAAGGGAGCCAAGAUAUUCCUCCAGCAAAGAAGAGUGGGUCACCAUUGCCUACAAGCCAUUCCUAGAUGCUUCCAGGUCCUCAAAGCUGCUGCGUGCGUUCUACAUCCCUCUUCUGUCAGAACAGCACACGUGGUAUGCAAACUAUACUAUUCUGAAAUCCCGGAGGCUGAAGCAAACCAGGAAAAAAAUGGGAGGCUAGCAACACACCUGGUAAACAGAAUCAAAAGCAUCCACUGACACUGCUGGACAGCUGCCUAAGGCUUCUUCAGUUCCCUUUUUGAAAGAUUGUGCUUGUAAGAUUCACUAAUAAAGAUUUCCCAUGAAGUGAUAUCACUCUGCAAGCUUCCAGCUGUAAAAAGGGUACAUCAUCUGCUUUCAGUUCUCGAUGUCGGGUCUCUGCUCUGCCUACACAGAACAUGCUGGUAAGAAACAGUUUGAAAAUCCAGCAGCCACCUACGAACGUAUUAUCCCUGCUGCUCCCUGUGUUAUUAUCUAUUACACUAGAGAAGAGGAAAAUGAAAAAUAACAAGGAAUGACAGUGUGAGGUUCUGCUCCAGGUUGCAGUCUGGCACUGGGAAAAUGCAGCUCCACCCCUCUUUCUCUAAGUCUCUCUAUAGUCCUCAUCUGCCUAAGUAGUGCUCAGUUUCUCCUAGGGAACUUUUUCAGAUAACAGUAUUUAAGAAAAAAAUUUUAAAGGAAAAGAAGGGGAGGGUGGAAAAAAAAAAACCUGGGAGACAAUUAACUGUGAAAUGCACUGAAUCUCAAGGAACAAGGUAGUCUGUGCCAUGGAGAAAUAUCCUAAGGUUGGUCUGCCUGGGAGACACUUUCAAGGAAAAACUUGUGCUUUUGGAAAAAAACCCAAACCUAUGAAUUGUGUCAAUUAUCUGUUUUAAUGAAAUCGGAGUAUUUUUGUUAUCUUUGACACUGUGAAACACAGAGGUUUUGUUUAUGUUAUUCAUAAUUCCUUAAAGAUACUUAUAACAUCCUUUGAAUUCUGGUCUACAGUAUCUGAGAUUUCCAGAACCAUCCAAAGAGGAGAAAAAAAUGUUAAUUAUUCUUGAUAUGAUUCUGUUUCCCAAAUCUAUAAGGUGGAGAGUAAUGUGUUCCAUUGGUCCAAUAUGCUCCAGAGCAAUGCUGUGUUUAAUUAUAUCUCCAUUUUUAAAACAUGUUGUAUUGCAAGCCAGAUGAAGAGGUUUUUUUUUUUCAUCUACCUCCUUGAGAACUGUGCAGGAAUGGGAUGGCAUGAGAUGGAGCUGAGAGGAAGUUCCCUUCUUUGCAAAAAGUCGGCACAAGCUCCGUGCCCCACUCUUACGUCUGUGAAUACAUUGGUCUGCGUGUGCAAUGACAGAGUGCCAGAGCAGGUGGAUCAGGAAGCAGGUAGGUUUGUAUGCAGCAGCAAAGCAUGUGCCCCGGGGAUACGUAUGCUGAUCCAGGUGCCGAAUCCUAGGGUAGGCAAGUCUCUUGGCCGGUCUGCAGGUUAACAGCUGAGCCAGAGGGGAAGGGCAGGCUGUAUCAACAGGGCUGUGAUUUAACACGACACUAUUGGGUCAGAGCAGGAAGAGCUGGAUGAGGAGCAAGGCAUGGCUUGAAUCAGAGGAGAUGCCUUGGAAAUGCAGGGAGUGGCUAGGUCCCCUUGGGGCGCUGAACAGAGAAGAGGAACGUUAGGAAUAUUCCAAAGAACGGGAACAAAAUGCACAUUAUGGCCAGUGGCUGCAGUUCUGUUUUAAGAUUGCUCCCUAAGUAAGAUAAAAGGCAAGGAAGCCAGUGUUGAACUGUGCUGCUGACUUCAAAGUUUUUUUCUGAUAAAUCAACCAGAUCUCCAGCUAGGAGUGUCUUGAAGAGGUUUUCCUUGCUGUUAGUUUCAAAAUGGUUUUCCAGAUGGAAGUUGAAGACCAGAGAGACGGAUAGUUUCCUCCAGCCAUGGAACAAUCUUGAAUUCUCUUCAGCCCCUUGAGCCCUGACUGUGACUCCAGGAACAGCCACUGCUCACAGCAUCCCCAGGUUUUGACUCCUUUAUCUCCUCUUGGAAGAGGAGGAGUCACUGUGCAUAGAGUGAUUUGCAAGAAUGAGCAUGUGUGAAGUUGGCCUCAGAUCUCUUGCUACUUCUGAAGCUUAUAUCUGCCGUUGAUUCUACGAGUCGGGUCAGUAGGUGCUAAUGAGUGAUAUAUUUUCGAUAUAUGAAACUAGAAAAUACUGUUAUCAGCCUGUUUGUGGAUAUUGUGAUUUGGUGAUAGAGCUCUCAUUAAGGUCUUAUUUCAGCCUUGGGUGAGCCAUAAACACUAAGCCAACGUGGUGGUCUUCCUGUUUUUUAUGCUUUCUUGCCUGUGGAGCUUUUUACCGUAGGUAGAAGACACCCUGCAUGCAGGGUUGGCUCAGUUUCCAUCCUAGCUUCUCUCAGCACUCUGAACAUUGCAACACCCCUAUUUUCCUGAUCAUGUUUCUCUAGUGAUGUUGAAAAUAUCUCUAUUGUGGUCUGCAGCAGAGCAGAGGAUAUGUCUGUCACCUGUCAGAAAAAAAGUGUGUGGAACCUCAGAACUGACAAACGGCUGGAGACAAGCUGUGCUUAAUGGAGACCAAGUGUUCUGAUUCCUCUUUGCAUUUCAUUAAGGAGGAGGUGUUUUAAUGGACUUGUGCUCUAUUGAUAACACAUCUUAUACAGUGCAAAACACGGUAAGAGUGAACAGUUCACCUCUGUUGUCUGGGUGAUUAAAGCAUGAAGAAUGCAGUCCUCUUCCCUUUGACCCCCACUAUGGAGGAACAGUUUAAAGCUGAGACUUCUGAAUUCAGGCUUUGAAGGGACCAUCCUGCAGUGUGUAAGCCUUGGCCCUCUGCAGAGAGAUGGAAGAUGGAUUUUACUAUGUGCAAAUAUCACCCCUUGUGACAGCCAAACGUGGUGCUUAAACGAUUUCAGCCAAGCAACUGGUGUCUUGGGUGAGUUGGCCUAGAAGGUCAGUCACGUCGCAGUGUCUGUGUUCAUAGUACUCCCCUAUAUCCCUCCAGCUGGCUCUCCCCCUCCUGGAAGUUUUCAUGUGUUGAACAGGCCUCUACAAUGGUGAAUCAGAAUCAAAACUCUUGUCCUCCUUGUUGCCACUCCCCUUGCUCAUCUGUGACUAUAAAUUGAAUAAACACGGUUAAAGAACCAAUUGCGCCUCUCUCUGGUGCUGUCUGUCUGACUGUUCAAUGUUGUCCUAGCCUUGAACCUUAUGUUUACUGUGAAAAAACAUUACAAUAAAUAUCUGUUCUAAAGGA